CGGUCCCUCGCCCCAGCCAAUCGCAGCAAAAAUACAAUCACAAAGUAGCUCCUCCUGUCCGAGAAAGUUGGGACAUCCGUGAAUUGUGUGAUCAAUAAAAAUUGUGAUUGAAAAAUAAUCCCCCGAAGUGUAUCAAAGUGAUAACACCAAAAGUUCGAACAAGUGAAUUAAUGAAGCAUCGUUUGUUGUGCCCAUUGAAAUAUGGGACUGUUGUUCAUCAACUGCCUGUUUCUUCAAGCCUUCAAAACUUGAGGAUCAUCAGAAUAGACGAAAAAACUAACGAAUCUAGGAUAGAGAUCUGACAAAAUCUCGUGUCUCAAGGAAUGAUUUUCCCUUCCUCAAUGACGAGUGCUUCGUUAAUCAGUGAGAUAAUGCCCCCGUUCGGUAUAUUUGGGACUCCUACGACAGGAUAACUCCACGUUUAUCGUUAUUACAACAGACGGCACAUCGAACGGGGCCGAAUUAAAGGGAAUAAGCCCCAAGCAGCUUGUCGGAGUUCCGUGAAGAGUGAGAGGGCAAACAGAAAAUACUGAAAAAGCAGUUAGCCGUGCGCGAGGCUUGGUGCUUGUUCAGUGCUGCUUCUCGUUGCUGCAGGACCACUAGAGACACCCAAAAAGAGUAGUUGAGUUUGCGCGUAACAUGCAUUAAUGUUACACGACAGUCCGAUGAAAAGUCGCAGUCUAAUGGGAGCGCAGACAGAAUCGGGGAGUAAUAGGGAAGAAAUAAUAGUCAAGUGAGCUAGGAUAAUUGUGAGGACGCGAGUGAUCAAUCAACUGACGUGUGGAUUUCAUGGAAUCGAGUGAAUCCGUGACGCGUUAGUGUUUUGUGGAUGAGAGAGUCCAGUGCAACUGUGUGUCAAAACUCCACGGAAGUCCCUUCGAAAGACUGAAAAAAUCCAGUGGUGUAAUUGCAAUCAUGGCUCGGCAGGGCAAGCACUCGGAGCUAAAUGAAUUAAUGCCGGAGUGAGAAUCGUAAAUAAAACAGGAGAACUAUCGCCAUUUAUCACUGGCGAGGACAAUUCGUGUCGUCUCUCGGGAGAAUUCAUUCAGCUUCAUUUUUUCCCUUCGUUUUUCGUUAUUCAUCAUUUUGCUGAUUUGCCAAGCUGAAGAGGUGGGCCCCGUACAGUUUCUGCUCAUCUGAUUCUCGUUACGCCACUAGUUAUGGUGUCCAAGGUGGAUGCGAAUAACAUGGACACCACGAGACUCAAUCGGGGUGCUAAUGCGAGGGACAUUAUGGGGGAUAAAUCAACACCGAGUGGAUGUAAUGAGAGUGAUUUUGAAUUCGGAAUACCACCUGAGGCGCCUGUUUUCGAACCCACACCUGAAGAAUUUUUGGAUCCACUCGGAUAUAUCGCUAAAAUACGUCCGAUUGCUGAGAAAUCUGGCAUAUGCAAGAUCAAACCUCCACCCAACUGGCAACCACCAUUUGCCGUUGAUGUUGACAAAUUCAAAUUCACACCGAGGAUACAGAGAUUGAAUGAGCUGGAGGCGAAAACCAGAAUAAAACUCAAUUUUUUAGAUCAAAUUGCUAAAUUCUGGGAGCUGCAGGGCUCGUCACUGAAGAUACCACUGGUUGAGAGAAAGGCUCUUGAUCUUUACUCGUUACACAAAAUUGUGACUGACGAAGGUGGUAUUGAAACCGUCACGAGGGAGCGAAGAUGGGCGAAGAUUGCGAACAAGUUGGGGUACCCAUCAGGCAGAAGUGUGGGGAGCAUUCUGAAGAACCACUACGAAAGGAUCCUCUACCCCUUCGACGUCUUCAAGCAAGGGAAAACCCUGGGGGACAUAAAGAUCGAGCCCGAGACAGAAGUCCACGAGAAGAAGGAUCGCGACUACAAGCCCCACGGUAUCAUCUCCCGACAGCAGAUAAAACCACCCCCUGCCAAAUUCUCAAGAAGAUCAAAGCGCUUCACCGGCCAAGACGACAAGCAGGAUGUCUCCAUAAAACAAGAGGAUUGCAAAGAGGAGUGUGACUCGGAUAAUGAAUGCAAAGAUGAUCUGGAUGCCGACAGUAAGGAGCUUAAGAAACUCCAGUUCUACGGGGCUGGUCCGAAGAUGGCUGGUUUCACCAAAGAAAAUAAAAAAUCUAACAAAACUCGUGGUGUCAAGCAGAACUACGACUUCGAUCCUCUGGCAAAGUACAUCUGUCACAAUUGCGGACGAGGGGACAUGGAGGAGAGUAUGCUGCUCUGCGAUGGCUGUGACGACAGUUACCACACAUUUUGCCUGCUUCCACCGUUGACGGAGAUUCCAAAGGGCGACUGGAGAUGUCCAAAAUGCGUGGCUGAAGAGGUGUCAAAACCCAUGGAGGCCUUUGGCUUCGAACAGGCCCAGAGGGAAUACACACUCCAGCAAUUUGGGGAGAUGGCUGAUCAGUUCAAGAGCGAUUACUUCAAUAUGCCUGUGCACAUGGUGCCAACAUCACUCGUUGAGAAGGAAUUCUGGAGAAUUGUGUCCUCCAUCGAUGAGGAUGUCACUGUCGAGUAUGGAGCUGAUCUACACACGAUGGAUCAUGGCUCAGGAUUUCCAACGAAAACCAGUGUCAAUUUGUUUACCUGCGAUCAGGAGUACGCAGAGUCCGCCUGGAACCUCAAUAAUCUUCCUGUUCUGCAGGGAAGUGUUCUGGGGCACAUCAAUGCUGAUAUAAGUGGCAUGAAAGUUCCCUGGAUGUAUGUGGGCAUGUGCUUCGCUACAUUCUGCUGGCACAAUGAGGAUCACUGGAGUUAUUCGAUUAAUUAUCUGCACUGGGGCGAACCGAAAACCUGGUAUGGGGUACCUGGCUCUCAAGCUGAACGGUUUGAGCAUUCCAUGAAAUCAGCUGCACCUGAGCUAUUCCACAGCCAACCUGAUUUACUUCAUCAACUUGUGACUAUUAUGAAUCCUACGAUUUUGACUAAUGCUGCUGUACCAGUCUUCAGAACAGACCAGCAUGCUGGUGAAUUUGUUGUGACUUUCCCACGUGCUUAUCACGCGGGGUUCAAUCAGGGUUACAACUUUGCUGAAGCUGUUAAUUUUGCACCUGCUGAUUGGUUGAAAGUUGGCAGAGAGUGUAUCGCCCAUUACUCAAAUCUCCGCCGUUUCUGUGUAUUCUCCCACGACGAAUUGGUCUGCAAAAUGUCUCUGGAUCCCGAUUCCCUAGACAUUGGUAUAGCAACAGCAACAUAUCAAGAUAUGCUGCAAAUGGUGGAGGAUGAGAAAAAAUUGAGGAAAAAUCUGCUCGAGUGGGGUGUCACUGAGGCUGAGAGGGAAGCAUUCGAGUUACUACCAGACGAUGAGAGACAGUGUGAGGCAUGUAAAACGACAUGCUUCCUCAGUGCUGUGACCUGCUCGUGUCACAGUUCUCAGUUGGUAUGUCUAAGACAUUUCACUGAUCUCUGUUCUUGCCCACCGGAAAAGCACACCCUCCGUUAUCGCUACACCUUGGACGAAUUGCCCAUAAUGCUGCAAAAAUUGAAACUCAAAGCCGAGUCCUUCGACUCGUGGGUGACAAAAGUCAAAGAGGCCAUGGAUCCCAAGGGUGAAAAAAUUGAGUUGAGUGAGCUGAAGGAGCUGUUGAGCGAGGCUGAGAGCAAGAAGUUCCCAGAGAGUGAAUUACUAACUGCAUUGACAACUGCUGUGCAGGAUGCUGAGAAGUGUGCAAGUGUUGCACAACAAUUGUUGAAUAAUAAACAACGAACGAGAACGAGACAGUCAGUUGAUACCAAAUACAAGUUGACUGUCGAGGAGUUGACGUUGUUUUACAAGGAGAUAACGAAUUUGUGUUGCGAGUUGAAGGAAUCGGAUGGAGUUAAGUAUAUUCUGGAUCAAGUUGUGCAGUUUCAGAAGGACGCUGAGGACUUGGAGUCAAAGUUUGAUGACUGUAAUGUCGAGAAGUUGGAGAAAUGCAUCGACUUUGGUGAUUCAAUUUGCAUUGAACUGCCACCGCUGGUGAGGCUCAAGCAGAAGUUGAGCCAGAUACAGUGGCUGGAUGAAGUUAAAUCCAUGCUGGACGAUUCCAAGUCUGUGACACGUGAGGAUCUUGCCAGAUUGAUCGAAACAGGCAUGACAAUUCCCCCUCAUUUCAGCAUUGAAACGAUGCUGUCUAAACUGCAACAACUUGUCAUCAAUAUUGACAAGUGGGAGGAGAAAGCUAAGGGGUAUCUUCAGUCCAAGAGUCGUCAGAAUAUCGUCAUGAUCGAGGAGUUUAUACAGGAGGCUGACGACAUUGACGCGUACUUACCGAGUCUCGACAACUUACAGGAUAUACUGACUAAAACGAAGAAUUGGACGAAGACUGUGGAAGAGGUCCAGGCAAGGGAGAAUUUCCCAUACUACGACACUCUUGAGGAGCUCGUCAAGAAGGGGAGGAACAUCCCUCUGCAUCUUGACGCCCUUCCAGUGCUGGAGUCCACCCUGUCGCAGGCUAAAGUCUGGAAAGAGAGGACAGCAAGGACUUUCCUGAGAAAGAACUCUCACUACACUCUGAUGGAGGCCCUCUCACCGAGAAUUGGUGUUGGAGUUCAAGCACUCAAGACCAAGAAGAACAAGGGUGACGAGGCCAUUGGUGCGGUAUUCGUUUGUGACACGAAAUUGGACGACUCCAGUGACUCAGCCAAUGUUGUUGCUGCUUUCAAACUUGCUGAGCAACGAGAGAUGGAGGCAAUGCGCAAUCUGAGGGAGAGAAAUAUAUCCAAGGCUGGAUACGAUGACUCCAGGUACUGCGUUUGCAGACGACCAAGAUUCGGUUUGAUGCUGCAGUGUGAACUCUGCAAGGACUGGUUUCACUCCAACUGUGUGCCACUACCAAAAACAAUGUACAAAGGAAAAGUGGCAUCAGCCAGAGAAACUAAAUUCCUGUGUCCCUGCUGUUUGAGAUCUCGAAGGCCACGAUUGGAAACUAUUCUUGCACUUCUAGUUAGUUUACAAAAAAUUCCAAUUCGUUUGCCGGAGGGAGAAGCACUUCAGUGCCUGACGGAGAGGGCUAUGAAUUGGCAGGAUCGAGCUAGGCAGGCACUCGCCACUGAAGAAAUAUCCUCAGUUCUUGCUAAACUGUCGGUUCUCUCACAGAAGCUCGUUGAAGCUGCUGCACGUGAGAAAACUGAGAAAAUUAUUAGUAGCGAAUUGAAGAAAGCAGCUAAUAAUCCAGAGUUGCAUCAACGUGUACAGGCUAUUGCACCACUCAGUGGUGUGCAUUCAGACGAUAGUGUGCUCAGCACUGCUGAUGAUGAUGAUGACGUUGUUACCAUUGAUGGGGAUGAGCCAUCGUGCAGUACAUUCAAUAGCAGUGAGCAUGCCUACUCUUAUGUCUCAAAGUUCCAACGAAAAUUGCAACUACCACAGAAUCCAGAAAACUCGGUGGUUCUUUCGGAGAGUGCAAGGUCUAAGUUGGACGAACUCAUGAUGGAGGGCGAUCUUCUUGAGGUUGCUCUUGAUGAAACACAACACAUUUGGCGCAUUCUCAGUCACACCAACAGUCCCAGCAGUGUACGAAAGUACGCUGCUUUCGAGGAGGUCCAAGCCAAUUUCAAUAAUGAUUCCAAAGAUCCUAAGAAACGGGGGAGGAAGAGGAAGUCGGAGGAGUUUGAGUUACUCAAGAAGAUGGGGAGGCAGAAGCCUGUUGAUGAGAAGACCAUUGUUAAGAAGAAGGCUUUUAAUAAUAAGGAUGCUAAGAAAAUGGUUACGCCUCCAGGAGCUCUCAAACGAGGCCCAAGAAAGAUCAAACGAAAAGAGGGUGAGGAACUACCAAAAAAGAGAGGUGGCAAUAGGAAAAAGACUAAACAAGACACCUCUGAUGAAGAAGAUGAUUGUGCAGCUGGAAAUUGUUUACGACCAAGUGGUCGUGAAGUCGACUGGGUACAAUGUGACGGUGGAUGCGACGGCUGGUUUCACAUGCACUGUGUAGGUCUCGAUCGCACUGAACUCACCGAAGAGGACGACUACAUCUGUAGCAAUUGCAAAGAUGCCGAGCAGAGUGCAACGGGAUAUCUCAGUGGGGACAAUGAGCCGGAUAUCCAGGAGGCGUCGUCCUUCGCUAGGACCUACUAGCCUGUUCGCAUCUCCAUUUAGGCUCAGCACAAUUUAUUCAUGAAAUAUUGAGGAUUUACGAAUGAACAUCCAAUUGUCGAUAUCCCAGAUUCAUCACAAGUACAUUGAGGGGUUUGAAAGGGUUACUGGGAUGUUGGCUUAUGGAGUAAGCUCUGAAAAUCAAUGCGAUUGUUUAUAUUCGGUAUUGAAGGAUAUCUCCUGAUUCCACUUGCGGUGUGUGUAGAUAGACUGAGACAUGUAUUAAAGAGUAAAACAAAUUAUUUAGAUGUAAAAUGUAUGGAGGAGGAUUGACAAGAGUUUUGUAACGAAAGAAUUUUACACUCAGAUAUUAUUAAAAACAAAAUAUAUAUCAUAUCUACUUUGCCUUCCUCAAGUACUGUCUUAUCCGAGAAUUCAUAUGUUGCAAGAGUUGACCGAAUUAUGUGUCAUGCAAUGGUUUCAUUUUCUUUUUUUUUAUUAAACAUGAACUUGUGUGCUUAUUCCAACAUGAAGUUCUUUAUUGUGGCUUUCCUAAUACAGCAUCAGCAUCAAACAUUGGGCAUAUGAAUGAAAGAAAAUGGAAAUAGAUCUUUGUAAAUAUGCAGUUUAACAUUCACCACUUCAAUAUGUGUUGCACACUCAUGUAUUUUAUUUAUUUAUUAGUGAUAAUAUUAUUCAUAUGAUUAUGAUCUUUUGAACAACAGGGCUAUAUAUUUUUGCGUAUUGUAUAGAAAUGACAAGUAUAUGGAAGUAGAAAAGGAUUGGGAUGAGGCGAUUAAAUGAUACGUUUGAAAACAAAAAGUUUGUACAAUGAUACACUGUUUAUCAACAAUAAUGUCCUGUAAUUUCUAAGUGAAGAGUAAUGUUCAAUAUUGAGGAGGAAAGAUUGAUUGUCAUCGGGAAUAUCGAUAAAUAAAGUACGUAAUUUUUGGCGUCGAACAUUUACUACACAGUGUGUUUUAAAUACAAGCAUACCCAUUGUACUAAAACAGGCUGUGACAAAACAUGAUUAUAUUAAAUAUAGAGAACCGAAGGAUUUCAUUUCACGGAACA